GAAAGCUUCGUGGGCGGCCGCUGGCUCCCGGCCGCCGCCACCUUCCCCGUGUACGACCCAGCCAGUGGCGCCACGCUGGGCAUGGUGGCCGACUGCGGGGUGCCUGAGGCCCGCGCCGCCGUGCACGCCGCCCACGAGGCUUUCUGCAGCUGGAAGGAGGUCUCGGUCAAGGAGAGGAGCUCACUGCUUCGGAAAUGGUACGACUUAAUGAUGCAGAACAAGGGCGACCUGGCCAAGCUGAUCACAGCGGAAAGCGGGAAGCCGCUGAAGGAGGCGGAGGCAGAAGUCCUGUACUCGGCCCUCUUCCUGGAGUGGUUUUCGGAGGAAGCCCGCCGCAUCUACGGGGACGUCAUCUACCCCAGCGCCAAGGGCAGGCGGGCCCUGGUGCUCAAGCAGCCCCUGGGAGUGGCUGCGGUCAUCACCCCGUGGAAUUUCCCCAGCGCCAUGAUCACCCGGAAGGUGGGGGCCGCCCUGGCAGCUGGCUGCACCGUGGUGGUGAAACCUGCGGAAGACACGCCCUUCUCCGCCCUGGCCCUGGCCCAGCUUGCGAACGAGGCCGGGAUCCCUCCCGGCGUGUACAACGUGGUCCCUUGCUCUAGGUCCAAGGCCAAGGAGGUGGGGAAAGCACUCUGUACUGACCCGCUGGUGUCCAAGAUCUCCUUCACAGGGUCCACAGCGACAGGAAAGGUGCUGCUGCACUAUGCCGCAGACUCUGUGAAGAGGGUCUCCAUGGAGCUGGGCGGCCUUGCCCCGUUCAUCGUCUUCGACAGCGCCAACGUGGACCAGGCCGUGGACGGGGCGCUGGCGUCCAAAUUCAGGAACGCUGGACAGACCUGUGUUUGCUCCAACCGAUUCUUGGUGCAAAGUGGGAUCCACGACUCCUUUGUCAAAAAGUUUGCGGAGGCGAUGAAGAGGAACCUGCGUGUGGGCAACGGAUUUGAGGCGGGGACCACCCAAGGCCCGCUGAUUAACGAGAAGGCAGUAGAAAAGGUGGAGAAGCACGUGAGCGAUGCCGUUUCCAAAGGGGCCACCGUGGUGAUGGGCGGGAAGCGACACCAGUUCGGAAAGAACUUCUUCGAGCCCACGCUGCUCAGCAGUGUCACCAAGGACAUGCUCUGCGCUCACGAAGAGACGUUCGGGCCUCUGGCACCCGUUAUCAAGUUCGACACGGAGGAGGAGGCCGUCGCCAUUGCCAACGCCACCGAGGUCGGGCUGGCAGGCUACUUUUACUCUCAGGACCCUGCCCAGAUCUGGAGAGUGGCAGAGCAGCUGGAGGUGGGCAUGGUGGGCGUGAACGAAGGGCUCAUCUCCUCCGUGGAGUGCCCCUUCGGUGGGGUCAAGCAGUCUGGCCUGGGGCGCGAGGGCUCCAAGUACGGCAUUGACGAGUACCUGGAAGUCAAGUACGUGUGCUACGGAGGCCUGUAGCUCCUCGCUGGUGGAGAUCAUAAAGGAGGCUCACCCACGCUCGGGACCUGCCCUGCUUUCAUGAGCGGCUCGGUCAUUAGAGUCAUGACUUCUCACUCACGCGCAGCCAGUCUUCGUGGUCUUUAAUCAGAGGCAACCCCACCCUGCCAUCUCCUCACGAGGGACCAACACAAGCCGCCCACCUGUGGCUGCAGACCCCAGAGAGCCAGGCCGGGGCCUGCAGAACAAGCCGGAGGACUCCACGUGACCCCUCCACCUGAGGGCAAGGCGCAGUGCCCAACAGAUCCGCCCUUCGGGGCCACAUAGCCAACCCCUGCCUGGCAGGGGGCACGGCUGGCUAUCAGCGUGAGCCCAAAGUGCUUGCACGGAGCCCCCGGAGUACCAUCAGCAGUGGGUGGGCCCAGUAUCCCCUUCCCCAGCCAGCUGAGCCCUGGAGGUACUGUGUGUCCAGAGGGGCUGCGGCCGAGGCUGGGGGUCACCGUUGAGAGCGUUCGACUGCAGCGGGAAUCGCCUGUUCCACCGUGUGGUGCAGGAGCGCGUCUGUCCCAGGUCCGUGUGUAGACGGGAGCCUUCCUUGCCCCUGGUCCUGCCUCAGCUUCACGUUGCUCCCCAAGCCCACGCUGAGAGCAGGAUUGGCGGAGGCGGCUCGUGCAGUGGAGCCUUGCCACCCUCCUGCUCCUGCCCAGGAGCACACCUGAGUCCAGGUCGGCGUCACUCAGGUCACCUGGGCCUGAGCGGAAGUGACUUGCAAGACAGGGAAUGUGCAGCGUAAGCACGGAGCCACCUGUGAGCAGCAGCGCUGCCCUGCACUGGGCCCAGAGAGGCGCACCCACCCACCCAAGCCCAGCCCAUCUGUCCUGGUGCCAUGCACUCUUGCACUUCCAAAGGGAAAAAGCACCUUCACCACCGUCAUCUCAAAGGAACAGAAGGUGCCAGUCCACGGUGUGGAGGAGGUGUAAGACCUAGGAUUUCAGGCACCUUUUACCUAGUAACCCCAUUUACAGUUCAGCAUACGAACCACCCCUCAAAUUCCCUGUGACUAGUGUUGUUGCUCACUCUGAAGGGAAACCUGGCCGUUCCAGCUCCUUCCUCCCCUUCUCUUUAUGCAUAGAGGCCCCUCAGUUCACUGGUAGUAGCAGGGAGACAUGAAUGAAAACAGUGCUGGAUGCAGCUGCUCCUGAGCUCCACCCAGCACCCUUCACUGAGCACAGGCAGCUGCAGCUGAGUAACCAAGUGCAGAAAGUCCCACGCACACAGGAUGCCUCCAGUCCUGCAGCUGCUGCACACCUGGCUGGGGUAGUCCUUGCCAUGUGCCCAACCCCAAAGGAGAAUCAGAACUCUGCCUUCUAGUGACACUGCCCAGGCCUGUCAAGAGGCGCGCCCAGCACAUUGUCAGCUAAUUUCUGCUCCUCGCUGUACAGUGUUUGGUGGUUUUAUAGAACGCCCUCAUUGCUUAAGGUUCCUGUGCAUCCAUCCUUUUUCCUAAUAAGAAAGCAAAUGCCCUGGUGUUGUUUUUAGAAGUAGAAUACCAAUGCUGAAAUGUCCAGAGGAAAACCUUAAAACACACUUUCAGCCCUGUAAACAGGGAGAAAUUUUGAGUUUUCUUGCAUAUUUGGCCUGCUAGAUACAUAAAUCGAGGCCAGAGACUCACUGUAAUCUCCAUGAUCAAUUCUGUAGUUAAUAGUUUGGGGUGGGGCUGGGGUUGUGGCUCAGAGGUAGAGCCCUGGGCUAACAUGUGUCAGGCACUGGGUUUGAUCCUCAGCACCUUGUAAAAAUAAGAUAAAGGUAUUUUGUCCACCUACAAUUUAAAAAUAUUUUUUAAAAAUAGCUGGGGUGCUGGGAACUUUGACUCAGUGGUAGAGCUCAGCAUCAGCAUGCUUGAGGCCCCGGGUUCAGUGCCCAGCACCACCAAAAGAAAAAAAAAUUUUUUUUGAAAAAGAAAUAACUUACUGUUAAGUAAAAUGGUUCCGGGUUGCGGGAUAAAAGAGAAGUGUGUGGGUUUUGGGGUUUUGUUUGUUUUGAGAUAAAGUCUCACUGUGUUGCCCAGGCUGGCCUCAAACUUCAGAGCUCAAGUGAUCCUCCAGCCGCAGCCUCCCAAGUAGCCAGGACUCAGGCAUGCGCCAUCACGUCCAUCUAAAAGUCAUUUUAAAUGAAUGUUUUGUUAGUUUUCAGUAAUUAUGUGGAUAGAUGAUAUAUAUGAAAUAUAUGAAAUAGAAAAGGACCACUAGACCAGGGUUGGCAAACCAUUCACCAGAUGUGACCUGCCAGCUGCUUUUGUACAACCCAUGAACUGAGAAUGUGUUUGUAUUUUCAAAAGAUGGGGGAAACGCACAGCAGCAGUGUUUCAUGACGCCUGGAAACUGUAGGGCAUUCAGGUCUCAGUGGAAUCUUCCUGGAGCGCAGCCACAGCCGUCCUGUGUGUUGUGGUCUGUGGCCUCUGGCCUGGCAGCGCGGAACAGGAGAAGGUGGCGAGCCGAAAUAGUUACUAGUUAGCUCCCCCAGGAAUGCCCAGGGGCCGUGCCGACCUUCCUGUCACUGUUGGCAGCCCUAGGUGCCUGGGCUUCUCUCCUGGCUCCCCCGGGUUCUCAGCAGGGACUCCCCGGCAGUUACCUCCUGACUCCAAGGCCUUGAAAGGACACCUCUGACUUCCCUCCUCCAGCUGGGCAGCUUUCCCCCUGUAAGAGCUGACCCUGUCUGUGCCUCUGUCCGUGUGGAUCUUUAUUCCUAACGAGGGCUGCGUGAAUAAAGAUCAGAAGCACCACGUGGACAAGCCUAUUUUACUGUGAACGGACACAGGAACUUGAACCUGAAGUUCAAGUUCUGUGGGAUUCUUUCCCCUGAAGGCAGGAGGUGGUGUCAUUAAUUACCCUCCAUCAGCUAGUUCCUUAGCACUCUACUUGAAUAAUACUUAAUGCUGUGAUUGUGCCGUGCUGCACUUUGUGGGCUAGAACCCGGGAGUAAGUGUUAGUGUGAAACACGUGAACCCUUUGGUUUCUAAACGCGUGCCCAUGACUUGUUUUCUCGCCUCUCUCUGCAGCCAGCAGACUUCAUGUGUGUUGCCAAUAAAUGCUGAAUUCGCACAGCUCCCAGAG